AGUGUCUCUGGAUGCAGUGAUGAUGCAAAUGAGGGCUACAGUAUUUAGAUAGUAUAUUGCAAUGUAAAAUGUUAUUUGCUUUAAUUGUCUCCCUUUUAUAUUUUCCUCUUUCCUUUUUAUAUAUUUCAGUUCCAGGCGACUUAGGUAAUCAGUUGGAAGCAAAGUUAGAUAAGCCAUCAGUAGUGCACUAUCUCUGCUCUAAGAAGACAGACAGUUAUUUUACACUCUGGCUGAAUCUGGAAUUGCUUCUGCCUGUCAUCAUUGAUUGCUGGAUUGACAAUAUCAGGCUGGUGUAUAAUCGAACAAGUAAGAUUACAGAACCACCAGAUGGAGUGGAUAUCAGAGUCCCAGGAUUUGGGCAGACGUUUUCCUUGGAAUUUCUUGACCCGAGUAAAAGGAGCGUUGGAAGCUACUUUUAUAUGCUGGUGCAGAGUUUAGUAGACUGGGGCUACAAACGUGAUGAAGAUGUAAGAGGAGCACCUUAUGACUGGCGAAAGGCACCAAAUGAGAAUGGAGACUAUUUUGUGGCACUUCGCAAGAUGAUCGAGUUAAUGUAUGAGCAGUAUGGAAGUCCUGUUGUCUUAAUUGCCCACAGUAUGGGUAAUAUGUACACCCUGUACUUCCUCAACCAGCAGACUCAGGAUUGGAAGGACAAGUACAUCAAGGAUUAUGUGUCACUGGGCGCUCCCUGGGGAGGGGUGGCUAAAACUCUCCGUGUGCUGGCCUCAGGUGACAACAACAGGAUACCCGUUAUCAGUUCACUCAAGAUCAGAGACCAGCAGAGAUCGGCAGUUUCCACAAACUGGAUGCUCCCCUACAACUACACGUGGCCUCCAGACAAGGUGUUCGUGAGCACCCCCACGGCCAACUACACUCUGCGGGAUUACGGGCGGUUCUACCGCGACAUCGGCUUCGAGGACGGCUGGCUCAUGCGGCAGGACACGGAGCCGCUGCUGUUCCGCAUGGCCCCGCCGGGCGUGCGCAUCCACUGCCUCUACGGCAGCGGCGUGGACACCCCCGACUCCUUCCACUACGAGAGCUUCCCCGACAGGGAGCCGCGCAUCCUCUACAGCGACGGGGACGGCACCGUGAACCUGCAGAGCGCCCUGCAGUGCCGCCGCUGGCUGCGCAGGCAGAAACAGGAGGUGCUGAUGUUUGAGCUGCCGGGCAACGAGCACAUUGAAAUGCUCUCCAACGACACGACCAUCUCCUACGUCAAGAAGCUGCUUUUUGAUCUGUGAUAACCUUGUGUUGAUAGUUAUUUUCCUCACCUGGGAUGCCUUCCCUUAAAUAUGGGAAAAUGCCUUUUAAUCCCCUGAUAUUUAGAUAUUUGAAUUAUUUAUUUUUCUUUUUUUAAAGGUUGUGUUCAAGAAGUUGUUUGAUGUCCUAAAUGUUGUUUGUCUCUGAUUUGUGUUUAUGAUGCUUCAUGGUAUUUUCACAUUCUGCAAAUUUGAUCAAAUAUGCAUUUUGGUGCCUGUGGUGUUGUCCAAUGUUCACACGGACUUUCAUGCAGAGACUGUGCAGCCCCUCACACAUACUACAUGGAACCAUAGAUACCUGAGUCCUUUGUGUGGUCUGUGCAGGUUUGGAGUGGGAGGGUUAGGAAGGAUUGCAGUUUUGGAUGCCCUUAAGACAAGGGAAUGAUAUUAACCAUCUGGAAAGCACAGAAAACUUUUUAAAGGGUCUUGCAUGUUCUGAUCCCCAGUUCCCAGUACCUUAGUUUGUAAAUGCACAUGUCUACGAGGUAAGACAGGGAACAGGCCUGCCUGGAACUGUGUUACUGUUGUUGAAAUCCAGCUUUCUUUUGCUACAGCUUUUGGGGAAAAAUGAUAAUGUGGGAAUUACUUGAAGCUUCUUUAUUAGCUCCUUCUGGGUUUUUUAAAAAGAAAUUGUUUGCUCAUCAACUUGUAGAACCCUGAUUACAUACAGUCUGGAGUCUGAGGAAUUCUCACCCUGUGCUUUAUUUAUCAGUGAGGGAAUGAUGCUAAACUGGUUGAUGCCUGUAAUAACUGUAGCUGUGUGGAGUAGCACAUAAAUCAAAGCUAAUUGAAUACUGGCAAGCAAUCUAUACAGUAUGGAAUUACAUUUCUGGGUGACAAACGAUCUCCUGUAGUGGAAAUGGAUGGUGGGCAGGAUUUCAAAGAGAAGUGAACUUCCUGAAGUGGGGUGGGGAAUGGAAGCCAGCAUGAUGCCACAUGGAGUAUAAACCUUGCUCUCAGUCAAAUACUUCAUCUCUGACCCAGCUACUGACCAAGCAGCAAUUGGAUCAACAUUGCACUCCAAUGAAAAGAAUGUUUUUUGGCUUAAGACUAAAAGUAAUUUCCCAUUAUUUUCAUUAUUGCUGUUUCAAGAAGUUGGAAUAUGCUGUUCCUUAAAUGUUUCUAUAAAUUGCUGAACAUGCAAAUCUGUUAAUUUCCUACAGUAUUGUUUCACUCAAUGUUAAAAAAGAAUAAUUUCAACUCUGACAUCCACAGAAGUGCUGGCCUAAGGGCCAUCAUAUUUACAACCUUGAUUACAGAAGUCCUGUUGGAGAAAUAGUGUCACCCAGAGAUUCUCUUUUGCUUGCUUUAAAACCAGUCAUCCAGUUAGACUGCACUUAGUUUUCUGAAAAUGCAGUUUAGAAUGCUUUCAAAAUGCUAGGUUCUCCAAGAAAAGUGUUUUAAUAGUUUCAGAAACUCAUCAAAUUAUUAAGGAUUUACUACUUAAGAAACUGGAGUUGUCUAAAGGGUCAGGUUUUAACUAAUAGCAUGCAUAAAAUGUUUGCUGCCAUUGGACAUAUCGGUAGGACAUGUUGAAAUGAUGGGCUUGAACUCUUGUUAUUGUAGAAUGGAAACAUUUUGGCAGGUUUAAGGUAGGUUUAAGGCUUUAAGUUUUAAUUCAGAAAUCUCUAAAUGCAGAACAACUUGAACUAAGGUCAUCAACAAGCUAAAUGUCUUCCUAGGUUUUAACUUCCCUAUGUAGCUUUAUUUCCCCCCUGUCCCACCCUGCCCACAUUUUUUUCCUUUACUUAUGUUGAGGGAGUAUACACAUUUUCCUGAUUUUUAAAAUGGAACAAUAAUCUUACCCUCAGUUGUCCAGGAACCUACAGUUCAGCAGUAAUAUUGCCUAGACUUUUCCAGAGUAACUCCAAAACAAAAAAAACCCACAACAAGAAGAAAAUAAAAAAAGAAACCCCACAAAACAAUGUCUGUUAGCCAGGUGAUCUAUUGUAUGCAGGGCUGUCAGCUGGAUAAGCUUCAGACUUGUGUUCCAAGACUGCUCAAAGAUGAUAAAGCUCCUCCUUGGUCUGACUCAAUUUUUGAAUAAAUUGUUAUACUACUGGUUUACAACUGAAAAAAUGAAGGGAAACAGCUCCUUGCAGUCUGUGUUUCUUGCUGAAGUAGAAUGCCUGUUACUAAGCACUGGAAUGAGUGGAGCUGGAGGCUGGACUGCAGGAUACCAGUGUGGGCAUCAAGGGAUGAAAAAAUGAGAAAACAACAUAAGUAAAUGAUUCUUAACCUGAUUUGAAGAAUGUUUCUAAGCUUCAUUUAGAUCCUUACCUACUCAGUAGUAUUUUCAGUCUCACAGCAAGAAUUUAGCUUCAGGGGUUUUUUGUGAUUUGAAGUUCCAAAAUACAUGAUUCAAAACGAUGCUUGUUCUUUUUAUUUUCUUUUCUUUAGUACUUUUUUAAUACUACUUUUUGUGACUGAAAAGAAAAAAAAAGCACAACUCUUAUUCUAAUUUUGGCAGUCUAAUACUGUGUUUCUGAGAUCAGUUGACUGUAUCUUUUAACAUAAAGAUUUACAAAUCAGCUUUCCAUUAGUAGACAAGUCCUUGAGUGUCUCCAUAAAUAAACUUGUGUUAGUUGAUAAGGUAAAAUGAAGCUGAAACUUUUUCAAGGCA